UUUGUCGAGGAGGUCAACAGCAUCGGCCCACUUCUCUGGGAAGCAGACGGGCACUGCUACUCAUCGCGAAUAUUUGUACUGUGUUGUGCAGUUGACGCACCAGCAAGGGCAGCUGUCCUCAACAUGAAGCAGCACAAUGGAUACAGUUCCUGCACGUGGUGCUUCAUAACAUGUGAAUACAUUGACAAUUGUGUACGAUACAUCAGCAGCUCUCCAGUAGAAGAAAGGACGUCCGCAUUGGUGGUUCGUGAUUGCCAUCUUGCACUUGAGCUAGACACCGACAUUAACGGUGUAAAAGGCCCAACGCCAAUGAUGAAUCUGCCAGGGUUCGACCUUGUGCGUGGAUGUAGCGUCGAAUACAUGCAUUCGGUGCUACUUGGUGUUACUCGGCAAGUCAACGAGUACCUUUUCAGCUCAUCACACUCUUCGGAACGUCAGUACAUAGGUUCUCGAGCUCAUCUGUCAGCGAUCAAUAGCCGCGUCCUCUCUAUAAAACCGCCGCACUGCAUCACAAGACUCCCACGGAGCAUCAGUGACCGUGCCCACUGGAAAGCACCAGAGCUGAGAAGUUGGCUGCUAUUCUAUAGUAUGCCAUGCACAGUGGAUAUCCUGCCAAGAGAGUAUUGGAGACACAUGGCGAAACUCUCGAAAGCCGUUCACAUCCCCCUGAGAGAAAAUAUAUCAGACCUUGACAUAACGCAUGCAGAUGAGCUCCUGAGGGAAUUUGUUGGCCGUUGCAUCCCGCUAUACGGAGAGGCAUUUAUGACCUUCAACGUUCAUGCUCUCCUACACCUUGCUGCAUCAGUGGCAUAUCUUGGGCCCCUGUGGGCCCACUCAGCAUUCGUCUUUGAGGGAGGAAAUGGCAUGCUGGUCAACUUGGUUACAGCUGCGAGAGGUGCGCCACAACAAAUCACAGAAAGGGUUGUGAUGCAUCAAGAACUGCAAACUGCUCUUGCUCUGGGCCGUGUUGCUAACGAAGAGAAGGUUGCAUGUCAACGUCUUCUUGGAUUUGCUCACAUACAGACUGCCUCAUACGCUGGUGAUGUAUGCAUGAUGGGUCAUGGCCGUGCAGGAAGGCUAAGUUCGACAGAGGUACAAGCAUUGGAACAGUUCUUGGGUAGCCAAGUGGGGGGUGUUGUGGAACAUGACAGGUUAAUUUACUGUCACCAGGUGUUUAACAGCGCGGCCUACAGUAGACCAACUAAAAGUGACUCCACUGUGUUCGUGGACUGUUACGGACAGUACCAGAGGAUUGAAACGAUUUUGGAGCUCCGUGUGCAACGAGCCCAAAAGUGCUUGUUGAUCUGCAGGAAGGUAGUCGCGUGUGUGCCUUCACGCAAAUUUCCACCACACAUUAAGGAGUGUUUUUUGUCUGAGCGUUCAGACGUGAAUGUCAUUGAACCGCAUUGUGUCAGAGACAUUUGUCUAUUUAUGUCGUUUCCAACAGGGCAGUCCUAUGUUUGUGACCUGCCCAACAAAAUAGAACGGGACUGAAUCUGUUGUGACCUGGUACUAUUCUAUUUGUCACUGAUUAAAUACAGACUUUUUCUUUUGU